AUGACAGAACCAAAAUCAAAUGCGAACGAAUCAUUGAAAUCAGGUGCUAUAUUUGUCGAUAGUACAUCGUACAACAAUGCCAUCAAUAGGCUUUUUGAGGAGACCUUUCCCGUCGAUUUUGACGGCGAAACGGUCAUAAGGGAGGCCUUUCAAAUACACGGGUCAUCGCAGACAUAUUUGAAGACAAAAGUGCACAAAAACGUAUCAAGAUCAGUUGAUGUGUUUUCGCGUUAUGAUAGGUCGCUAGCGUUUGUUUUGGUACAAUGCUUUGAUAAUGAAACGGAUUCAUUGGCACUUUUACGUGAACUGAAAGGUCGAAUUCGUAAAAGCGAGCAGAAUUAUCUUUUUACCCUCUCAGUCGUGCUUCAACUAUUAGGCCGUUUCAACAAUUACGAUUUUGUUGAUGUCAAAUUUUUAGUCAGGGACCUUAUCGUUCGUUAUCAAAAUCCUGAUAUCGGAUCGAUGGCUUUGGUCAUUUUUGCGAAAUUACAAGAACGCUACAAACAGGUUUUCAACACCCAGUUCACAGGUUGUUUGGACGCAUUAGUAGUUGAGUCUGAAAUUUCGGGUACGAGCGACGCGAUUUUGACGGUCGUGAAGGUGUUGACGGAGCUUUACGCUGUUUUUACGACAGAAUGCACUCGGGUAUUCCUGGGACAAGAUUUCCAAGAUUUACUCAAAACUAGAGUCACACAGGAUCAGAACUUGGCGAUUGUUUCGUUCAAGCUGCUAGCGAGUGCAUGUAUUGAUGAAAAUGUCAGAAGUUUCAUUGCUGAAAAUUACAUUGAUGUUUUGCAAGAGAGUGUCAAUGUCGAUAGGUUCAGUCUUUUGGCCACAAUUGUCUUGAUCAAAAUUUGGAACUUUGCCAAGCUCAAAACCGAUAUAAUACCCCUUUUGACCAAUAAUUUGGUCACGGCAUUGGGCCGAGAGGGCACCGACGAGGGGCUUGCAAUAGAAGGAUUGGCAUAUAUGACUCUAAUGAUUAAUGUGAAAAAGAGGCUUAGGGCCGACUCUUUGGCGUGCUCAAAGCUGCUCAAGUUACUGAAACGAAAGGAUACUGAAAGUGCGGCCAAAUACGGUGUAUUGGCCAUAUUUUCGAACCUUUCGGUGUUGCCUAGCGAUGAAAAGGAGUCACAACGAGCUGUUCAAAAUCUCAGAGCGUAUUCUUCACUUAAAGAUCCUGCUGGACAGUUAAUGAAGUCAGAAACCGAGGACACUGAAAGUGUAGUUUUAUUCAACAAAAGAUUCAUACUGAAGGAACAACUUGUAAAAUUGUUCGAUGACCACUUUAAGGAGCUUAGUCUUGGGUCGAGGGCCCAGGCCGUCAGGAUCGUGUACAAUAUGAUCAGAUCGAAUCAAACAAUCCGAGAAUGUACUAAGCAGGGUGGACUUUGGAUUGCACUUAAAGAUUUAAAGGCGUCUCACGAUUCGGCGCAUUACAACCGCUACAGUUUAUGGAUUGUGACUAGAUGUUUGACCUCUGAUGAUCCUAGCGUGCUUUUCAGCCGCAUAUCGCCUCUUAACGCCAUUCCUUACCUAUUCUUUUUAAUUCCAAAUGGCGAGCAAGCUACCCCGGACCAACAAAGCGACACCGAGCAGGAAUUCAAUGUCAAAGCUACCUACGAAGCCUUGAUUGCCCUGACGAAUUUGGCGAGCUUACCGGAAUGCGACGAGAUUUGCAGAACCAUUUCUUCAAGCCCACUUUACUGGUCCAAAAUUACGAAUUGCAUGAUUGACACAAAUAUACGAAUUCAAAGGUCCGUUCUGGAAUUACUUGCGAACCUAAUGGCUAAUUCUUUGCAUGUCGCUGUCAAGUUUUUCAAUUUUGACAAUCCCGCCAGCGUCAGAAACUUCAACUUGCUUGUCAAGUUACUCUAUCUCAAUGACAUCAAAUCUCAAAGAGCUGUUGCUGCUAUUUUUGCCAACAUUGCUACUUCCGUGCCGUUCAUCGCCCAGGAUCUGUCUCAAAAAUCUAAUCUCAUUGACGCAGUCUGUGAAUUGCUCGAAAGCCAGGGCGACGAUGCAGAUCUAAGAACCAGAUUAAUGACACUUUUAUCUGCAAUGUUAUCUGCAAACUCUCCACAGACUCUAAUAGUAGAUGAGCGAAACAUUCGGCUGUCCAAUGCGCUACAAGCAUUCAAAAAUGAAGAAAUGGUCAAUUCUCAAGACAAAACUAUAGCAAGUGACCUAGUCGAUCAGCUAAAUGAGCGUCAAGUUUAA